AUGGAUGCGCCUAUACAUCCCGGCCCUCGGACGUCGGAUCUAUUAGCCCUACAACCCCAGCAUAGAUCCGAGUAUAUCUCGGAGGGACAGUUGCUUACAAAGACUUUGCGGGCUAGGAGAGUGGAUCUACUAUGGGAGUUUUUGAGUCCUCCCCGCGUUCUACAUCCCCGCGUGGUCCAUCACUUGGAGGAGAUGGGAUUUUAUAGGAUUAUUAGGAUUGGUCGGAUACAGCUCGACUAUGCUUUGAUCACGGCCAUGAUUGAGCGAUGGCGACCGGAGACAGACACUUUUCAUCUUCCCAUUGGCGAGGCCACCAUCACACUCCAGGACGCAGAGAUUUUAUAUGGCCUGUCCGCUGAUGGAUUGCCUGUUUUACUCCCUACGACCAUGAGAUAUUAUCCGCGGGAGGCAUAUUGGGAUAUGCUGCACAUGCUCACUGGUUUCAUGCCGGAGGGCCAGGAGGUAGCGUCUGGGGUCAGUCGCAUACAGUUAGUCCCCAUUAGAGACCACCUGGUGCAGCUCCACGAUACUAUCACCGACGAGUCAGCGGAGGGGUCUUGUUCCCGAACACUUCGGGGAACCUAG